GUUAAACCAGAAAGAAAAAGGUAAACUUUGGGAAUCCGGUCAGCGGUGAUUCGCCCGAAUCGGUCAUCAAUAUUGAUUUGAUUCCAUUUAUCGCUGAGUUUGUGAAAGAAAUGACCGAAUGCUGUUAUUCACUUCUAAAUCUUCCAUUUUCAUCGUUUCCCAUCACUGAUUUGGGCUCAAACUCUUUUCCUCAACGUUUCUGCAAAACUCUUUCUUUCUCACAUCGCUCAUCAAAGUUUUUACUUUCUGCAAUUUCCCGAACUAUGGAAGUGGUUGAAGGGAGUGAAGGUAGCAGAGGGUCAUCCUCUCCAAUGAAGCUCUUGUUCGUGGAGAUGGGUGUCGGCUACGACCAACAUGGACAGGACAUAACAGUAGCAGCAAUGAGAGCGUGCAAGGAUGCAAUUUCUUCUAAUUCAAUCCCCGCUUUCCGCAGAGGUUCCAUUCCUGGUGUGAGUUUUGACCAGAUGAAAUUGCAUAUCAAGCUAGGGGUUCCUCAUUCCCUCCAGAAAUCUUUGGAUGUGGAGAAAGUUAAAUCAGUUUUUCCCUAUGGAGAAAUUUUGAAUGUUGAAGUUGUGGAUGGUGGUUUGAUAUGCUCAAGUGGGGUGCUUGUAGAGGAAAUGGGUGACAAGAAUGAUGAUUGUUAUAUUGUGAAUGCUGCUGUUUAUGUGGGUUAUUAACUUUCAGGCUUUGCAGAGCUUCGUUCGGUUUAUCAUGAUAUUCAACUCUUGAUUUGAACCAUUCAUGGCUAUAUAAUAACAUGAAAAAUUUUACAUUUCUUCUA